AGAGACAGAGGGAGAGAGAGAGAGAGAGAGAGAGAGAGAGAGAGAGAGAGAGAGAGAGAGAGAGAUCUGCAGAGGAGACAGACCCAGAACUGUGUGGAAUUAAAACUCGGUUAUUAUUGUUAUAUAUUUGGUGAAUUUUUGGAGCACUUUUUUGAAGCAUUUCCAUCUGGACAGUGUGAACAGCGCGAGACCUUUUAAUGAGAAUCCGUUUGUUAAAACAUAAAGAAGAAGAAAAAGAAUCUUUUGAAACAUUUGUGCAGGGUUGCUCCGUGAAGAAAACGGAAGGAUUUAAGCGCUUCAUGGGGGAAAGGGAGUGUGUGUGUGUGUGUGUGUGUGUGUGUGUGUGUGUGUGUGUGUAGUGAGGACUGACUGGAGCACCGGGACACGGCGCGCGCUCGCGCACUUCUGCUUUAAAACACUUCUACACGCUUUCAUGUGAUUCAUUAACGAGCGGAAUUAAUUUGGCUCACGGAGGAUUUACACCGAAGCAGGAGAAUAUUAUGGACACGUUGAUGUUUUUCAUUGUACACUUCGGACCUGAGGAAAUGAAUGACUAGGCUUUAAAACGGAUUCUUUUUCACUCGCACUUCUACAAUUAUUUUGGUUUGAAAUAAAAUAAUAAACAGAAUAAAUGAUGGAGGCGGUGACGCGGCCGAUCUUUCAGCCUCAUCCGGGACUGCAACAAACUCUAAAACAGUUCCACUUGAGCUCCAUGAGCUCUCUCGGCGGCCCCGCGGCUUUCUCCGCGCGCUGGCAGCAUGAGGUGUUCGGUAAAGACGGAGAGGAAAUGGAGCGCGCGGCGGCAGCGUCAGUGGCAGCGGCUGCGGCGGCCGCGGCUGCGCACGUGCCCCCACCGAGGCCGCCUCCGGUGCUUCCGGUGCCGCUCUUUAUGGCGAGUGACCGGAGCACGGAGCGCUGCGAGACCCUGCUAGAGGGAGAGAGCAUCUCGUGCUUCGUGGUCGGCGGUGAGAAGCGGCUGUGUUUGCCGCAGAUCCUCAACACGGUGCUGCGCGACUUUUCCCUUCAGCAGAUCAACUCAGUGUGCGACGAGCUGCACAUCUACUGCUCGCGCUGCACCGCCGAGCAGCUCGAGAUCCUCAAGGUCGUCGGGAUCCUGCCGUUCUCCGCGCCGUCCUGCGGCCUCAUCACCAAAACGGACGCAGAGCGACUGUGCAAUGCCCUGGUGAGGGCAGGCACGCGCUCCAGGGGCGCCAAAGAGCUCGACGUGAAGGGCUUCAAGGUUUACCACGAGUGCUUCGGGAAGUGUUCGGGGAUCUUCGUGCCGGAUCUCUACACGAGUCCCGGAGCCGAGUGUAUUCAGUGCAUGGAGUGCGGGGUUAUGCACGCGCCGCACAAGUUCGUCGUGCACGGGCACAAGUCUCUAGAGAACCGGACUUGCCAUUGGGGCUUUGACUCGGCCAACUGGAGAGCAUACAUUCUCCUGAGUCCCGAGUAUGGUGAGAAGGAGGAGAACGCCAAACUGGAGAUGAUGCUGCACGAGCUCAAGGAGAGGUUUGACUUCAGCAACAAAUACAAGAGGAGAUCUUCAGGGGUCCUGGAUGCAGUUCCCAUUAAAAAGUCUAAGCAUGAUGAUUUCUCUCACUCACCAUCAGCAGAUAAAGACAAGAAACCUGAUUGGUUGCGCUCUCUCUCUGCCUCAGCCAAUAAGGGUUUUAAUUGCGUCCAGCCACGACAAAGAGCGUCCGCAUUCAGGCCCUGGUCUCCGAACAUCACAGACAAGGACGGUGCAACAAAAUCAGCUAGUCUGCCACGGGACAGUUUUUAUAAUUAUAAGUCACUAGAGAAUUCGGUGGCUCCAAACGUGGCUCUGCCUCCACUUCAGAAGGGGGCGCUGGUGUCCUUGCCCAUCUUGAACCCCACAAGUUGCAGCGAGGAGCGCACUGAGGGACACGGAAAGACCCGGAAGAGGGGGAUAACAGGUGAGGGUCACCCAGGACAUGCCACCUCUGGACACGUUCAACAAACUCACGCAAUAUCUCGAGCACCUCCACCACUGACAGAGGAGCGUGACUCGGACGUGGAGGUCGAGGUUCGUGAUGAAGUGACCUCCUCGUUGUCUUCACUCUCGUCACCUUCGUUCACGUCCUCCGGCUCUGCUAAGGAGCUCAGCUCUCCAGGAGUUGCAGGAGUCACAGGGAUCACCGAGGUUCCCACGGGGCCGGGAUCAGGGGUGGAGAGUCAAGUGGGCAGAGUUUCUCUGGACUCUGAGCUGGAGACCCUGAGACAGGCGCUGGAUGGAGGAAUGGAGUCUCGUGAGUCAAAGGAGAAAUUUCUGCACGAGAUCCUGAAGAUGAGGGUGAAGCAGGAGGAGAAGCUGGGCUCAGCUCUGCAGGCCAAACGCAGCCUUCAGCAGGAGUUGGAGUUCCUGCGUGUGGUGAAGAAGGAGAAGCUGCGUGAAGCGAGUGAAGCAAAACGAGCUCUGCGUAAAGAGAUGGAGCGACUGCGAGCGGAGAACGAGAGAAAGAUGAAGGAAGCGAACGAGACUCGAGCUCGACUCACCAGAGAACUGGAGGAGGCCAAACAGCAGCGCAAGUGUGAUAAAGGCUGUGAGGCUGGACGCAUGCGUGUUAAAUACUCUACUCAGAUUGAGGAGCUGCAGAUGAAGCUCCAGCUGGCUGAGGCGGAUCGUGAACAGCUCCGCUCUGAGCUCCAGCGGGAAAGUGAAGCUCGUCAGCACCUCGAGAGGGUCGUCAAAGAUCUUCAGGAUCAGCUGUGGGCCAAAACUGAUGGGGAAACACACAUAGAACUCACGGGGAAAACUUCUCCAGCUUCUUCUGCUUCAAACGCUAAAGAGUCCACCAAUUAAUAUGCACUCCUGUCCAUAGACACACAGUCACACACACACACACUUACACACAGUAAUCGUGAAGAGGAGAGAGACGCUGUACAGAGACUGAAGACAUUGAAAUGAAAAGGAAAAGAAAAAAAAGAUGGACGUGUAAAAUGGAAGGACAUUGAAGCGAAGUGUGUUCAGUGGUUGUGAGCACUGACUUGCGCCUCCUCAUCAACACUUGGGAUCCUGAUUCGGAAUAUCCAGCGUUGAGAUGAACGCAGGAUCCAACCGUUUCAUCCUACAGUUUAAUCACAGUUUACAGAAAGAGCACGAUGAUGUAUUUGUAAAUUUUUGUGCAAAGCGAUGCCUGUUAUCUUUUUUCAUUCUAACAUUUUUAUUUAGUGUGUUUACGGCAGACCUGCUCCUCCUGGAAUUACGCUAAUUUGGUGUUACAGAUGGGAUCAGUGUGUCCCUGGAACUUUAUAUCAUAUUAAAUAUAAACACGUUGAUACAAAUAUUUAAUAAAUGAGCACAAACCUAUUUUUGUGCUCAAUACUUUUUUGUUAAAAAAAAAAGAGACUUUUAUACCAAUUUAAAUUGAACCUUUAGAGGAUUUUGGAGACAAAUAAUUUUUGUCCUCUUUUCAUUAACGUUAAGGAAGUGUGUGUUUUUACACUUUCCUCCUUUUGUAAAAGACUAUUUAUCAGACGAGUUACGAUACAAAAACUUUCUUUUUUGAAAUUUUUUUUUAGAGAAAUUGAAUCUGUGUUGCUUGCUAUAAUUACUAUUACAUCAUUUCUUAAUAAACACACACACACACACACACACACACACACAGAGUGUGUGUUUGGGUCAAAACCUCAUAAUGUAUCUUAAAAAGAUAUUUGAGUGUGUGUGUGUGUGUGUGUGUGUGUGUGUGCAUGCAUAUCCACCUUUGGAACACAAACGCAUCGAGCUAAACCAAGGCAGCCAUGUCUUUUGUAGGGCUGUUUUUAAAAAGUGACAGAAUGUUCUUUUUAAGUAAAUUAUAUGUAAAUAUGAUUUUUUUUUCCUUUUUUUUAAAGUUACAAUAAUGAAUCGCACUUUGUCAUAACGAGAUUCUGCGUAAAAAUGCAUUAGCCUCUCUGUACCUUUAUUUCAGAGUUUAACCUUCAGGAGUAUAGAAAAUAAAUAAAUAAAUAAAUAAAUAAGUAAACAAAUGAACAAACAAACAAAUAAAUAAAAAAGAGCAUUAUGUUGAUUAUAUGCAACACAGUUACAUGCGAUGUAAUCCUAUGUUUAAGGCAGAAAUAUUGUAAAUAAACAUUUGAAAACACAAAA